AUGCUUAAAUGGCAACGCACGCAAAAAAUUAUGGUGCUUGUACCUCCCGCAAAAGCACCCUCCGAUGACAGCAGCACAUCUGAAGAUGAAGUUAUAAUCAAUAAUUACACAAAACCGAAAAAACAACAAUCAUCUGACUCAGAACACAACUACGAAUCAUCUGAACCACGUUCUUAUCCCUCUGAAAUUGAUGACUUAAGCUUAGAUUCACAUUCCGAAGAUGAGAUUCCUGCGACGCCAUCACCUAGGCCACUACAGCUACAAAAUGAAAGCAAGUCAUACUUACCCAAUUCCAAAGAAAAUUCUCGUCCGACGACGCCUCCAUCGCCAACUCCGCCUCAACAAAAUGAUUGCAACAUACCUGAAGUACCAUGUUCUGAAGUCCAAACUCCGAUUUCGUCUGCGUCGAUGCCACAAGAUAUAAUGAAUGAUUCCAUACUCCACAUACCAACAAUUCCCUUGUCUCCUUUAAUUAACCAAAUGUUUUCACCAGGCCCGUCAAAUCAGCCGCUCCCAUUCACACUGAAUUCGGUCUCAUCAGUAUUAUCACCUAACAUGUCUCCAGCAGCACCUAAUACACGUUCAAAGCGACGACAGAACACAAAACCUAAACACCCAGCGGCAAAAAAAGUAAAGAAGUUUGUAAGAAAACCUCUAUCAUUCAAAUUCAGAGCAGGAAAACUACAAAUUUUACCGAACAGAAUAGAAGCAUGUUUUAAUGUUAAAACUGAAAAACUAACAGAUGUUACUAAACUACUUGAAAAAUAUUUUGAUAAAGACUGGAAAGACUUACCUGACUUGCAAUAUUAUAAAAAUGUAUUGUUUCAUAACAUAAGUUUGCCCCAAAAAGACGAUGAUGCAAUAAAUGAUGACUCUGAUUAUCUGCCCGAUGAAAUUUUAGAUUUUGUAUAA